AGGCAGCGACGAACUACACUUCCCAAUGCUCUUAAGCAACGGAAAUGACGUAAAGAGCAGAGAGAGUUGGAGGGUUCGGGUAAAAAUGGCUGAAUAUUUAGCUUCGAUAUUCGGGACUGAAAAGGACAAGGUUAACUGCUCUUUUUACUUUAAGAUCGGGGCCUGCCGGCACGGGGACCGGUGCUCCCGGCUUCACAACAAACCGACUUUCAGCCAGACCAUAGUGCUUCUCAACCUGUACCGGAAUCCACAGAACACCGCCCAAACCGCAGACGGAUCGCACUGUCACGUGAGCGACGUGGAGGUGCAAGAACACUAUGAUAACUUCUUCGAGGAGGUGUUCACGGAGCUGCAGGAGAAGUACGGGGAGAUUGAAGAGAUGAAUGUGUGCGACAACCUGGGGGACCACCUCGUGGGCAAUGUCUAUGUCAAGUUUCGGCGGGAAGAGGAUGCAGAGCGGGCAGUGGCUGAACUCAAUAACCGCUGGUUCAACGGGCAGGCCGUGCAUGCUGAGCUCUCUCCUGUCACCGACUUCCGGGAGUCAUGCUGCCGGCAGUAUGAGAUGGGGGAAUGUACCCGCGGGGGCUUCUGCAACUUCAUGCACCUGCGGCCCAUCUCCCGGAACCUCCGACGUCAGCUGUAUGGGCGGGGACCCAGGCGCAGACUAGCUCUGAGCACCGUCCAAAGACCAGCGCCUGAGUCUCAACCCCCAAACCAGCUGGGACUCCAAAGCCCCAAACCCAAGACCAGUCUGGAUCUCCAGUCCGGAGAUCAGUCCCUGAGAACCUGUCCUGAUACCACGCAGGAACUCUGGUCGCCCCCGAGGUCCCAUACCGGCCACCGUCCCCGAGAAAGAAACCGACGACGUUCCCCGGACCACCGGCAUGGCCGCUUCUGAGACCCUGGCUCCCUUGAUCUCCACCCUUGACAGGCAUAAAUGUUCCUGGCCAGGACCCCUCCUGAAAGCUCCCUUAACCCCCCAGUGCCAUCUUCCCUAGGCUCCGGGGCUCCAUGAUGUAAAUCUGUUCAACACAGGGACCUUCUCUCACCACCCCUCCCCUAAUAAAGUUCUGUAUUGAGGGUUUAGAACCUGUUAGCUUGAGCC